GGGUCCCCGGGCAGUGCCCGGCCCGGGCGCGCUGUCGCUGCUCCCCGCUCUCGCCCCCUCGCUGCCAUCCCUGCAGCCUUUGCCCGGCGGCGCCGGGGAUGUGCCGGUGUGAGAGCCGCUCGGGGCUAACGAGGGUGCUUUCUACCCCUUUUCCAGGUAUUCGUGUUUGAUGUGGGGAAGGAAGCCUGGAAAUCCUACGACUGGUCAAAAAUUACCACUGUGGCAGCUUUCGGGAAGUACGAUCCUGAGCUCAUGUGCUAUGCCCACUCCAAAGGCUCGAGGGUAGUACUGAAAGGUGAUGUACCUCUUCAGGAAAUUGUUGAUCCUGCUAAAAGAGCAGCAUGGAUAUCCCAACAGGUGGACCUUGCAAAAAAGCAAUAUAUGGAUGGAAUUAACAUAGAUAUAGAGCAAGAAGUUAAUGAAACCUCCCCUGAGUAUUAUGCAUUGACAGAGCUUGUUAAAGAAACUACAGAUGCUUUUCACAGAGAAAUAGCUGGAUCACAGGUAACAUUUGAUGUGGCUUGGUCUCCAGCAUGCAUAGAUAAAAGGUGCUACAACUACACUGGGAUUGCAGAUGCCUGUGACUUCUUAUUUGUGAUGUCAUAUGAUGAACAGAGCCAGAUCUGGACAGACUGUGUUGCCAAAGCCAAUGCUCCUUACCUGCAGACUUUAGUUGGAUAUGAAGAGUACAUUGCUAUGGGCAUUGAUCCCAAGAAGCUUGUGAUGGGUGUCCCCUGGUAUGGCUACGACUAUGUCUGCCAAAACCUGUCCACGGAGCACGUGUGUUCCCUUGCCAGGGUGCCUUUCCGUGGGGCCCCUUGCAGUGACGCUGCCGGGCGCCAGGUGCCCUACGCAGCCAUCAUGAAGCAGGUGAACAGCUCUCUCUCAGGGGUGCUGUGGGAUGAGCUACAGAAGGCUCCAUUUUAUGAGUACAAGGAUUCUGUUGGUCAAUUCCACCAGGUGUGGUUUGAUGACCCUCACAGCAUCUCUCUAAAGGCAGCAUAUGUGAAGAGUCGAGGCUUAAGGGGCAUUGGCAUGUGGAAUGGAAAUAGUCUUGACUAUUCCAGGGAAACUGCAGCAGAACAACAGACUCAAGCAAUGUGGCAAGCUCUGACACCAUAAGAACUAGGUGAUUUAGAAUGAUGAAAAUUGGCAAUUUUUUAUUUUGGCUUACGCUAUCACAGAUUUUGACUAUACAAAUAUAUUUUGAUUACAAAAACUUUAAAAACUAGGCAAAUUAAUACUGUUAUUUUAUAUGCAAAGCUGUAUUUUCAUGCUUCAGAAAGUUCCGUUGUUGCUUUAGAACAACAGUUCUUUUUAUCAGUAGGUUUUUUUAAGACUGCUCCUCUUUGUAAUUUUUCACAGUUACCAUAAAUUAGUUAAUGCUUGAACCCAGUGUGUCUCUGAUAA